UUGGCAAUUCUUGCUCUCUCUCUUUGGCGAUUCUCGCUUUGUUUUUCAUUGCUCCCCUUUGCCUUUUUUAUUUGGGGUUUGAUUUGUCGCUUGAUUGAGCGAGAGAGUUAGUCGUAGAUCGUUUGCGUUUUGCCGUUCGUUCGAUUUCUUUCUGUUGUAGCUCGUCUCGUGUCGUUUUUGGAGGUGCUCUCACUCUCGCCAUCGACGUACGGACCGCUCGUGCUCUCGCUUCCCGUUCUUCUUAACAACAAAUCUGCAAUUUGGGGUUCCCUGCAAUUCUUCUUUCCUCGUGGGUUUCUCCCCCUUUGCGGAAUCGAAGUAGUGGGUAAAAGGAAAAAUGAGAUUUUGGGGUCGAUGGUUCGUGUGUUUCACAAGUGUGGUAGAAGCGGUUGCUUGAGAAGAUUACCAGUGUCACAAAGCGAAGCGCACCUGAAGUUCGGAUUUUGGAGUCGAAAGACCAGGAGAUAAAGUAGCAUUUUUUGACUCAAAGCAGGGAAGCAAAACAUGGAUGGCAUUCCUUCUUCUCAGGCAUCCUUCAAUGUUUUUUCUUAUCCCCAUAAUCUUCGACAUGGGCAAGGAUUACCAUCAAAUUCAUUGCCAGUCGACUCACCUGUUACGCUUUUGAUUCGUCACCUUCCUGAAGCCAUUCCCCAAGAGACGCUCUCUAGACUUCUCUCACAUUACGGUGCUUCUACUGUUCGUCCCUGCACUUCAGAGAGAUUGAAGAAUUGUGCAUUUGUGGAUUUCAAAAGUGAAGCUCUUGCUUAUCAAGCACAGUGCCAGUUGAAUGGGCUAAGGUUUCUUGGUAGAGUUUUGAAAGUGGAAAGAGCCAGUAAUGAAACCAAAGAUAACAAGAUUCAAGGGAAAGGCACCCCAUCUGCAAAUGACAUAAUUCCGCCUUCCACUGUGACAAAGGAGGCUGGACUGCCUGGGGAUCGUAAUGAAAAUCCAAAUUGUGGUUUUGCUACUGCUAGUGAGCCCAUUGCUCCAAAACUUGGUGUAGACUACCCCUUCCCUCCUCAUCUUGAGUAUGCCUACCCCCCUCCUGAUGGAAAUAUCCUCACCAAUAUUGUGAAUGCUCUUAUUGCCGUACCUCGAUUUUAUACACAGGUGUUGCACUUAAUGAACAAAAUGAACAUUCCAGCGCCAUUUCGUAUGGCAUUACCCACUCCACCCUUACCACCAUCAGCAGCUGUACCACCUCCACCUCCUCCACCUCCUAUAACUGCAAAGCCCUUGGUGGCAGACCUAUCCAGUGAAGAGUCCGAGUUUGAGUCCUCAGAAGAGGAGGUUGAUGACAAAGCCCAAUCUCUUGGAUUUUCAAGAGUAAAAUCUAGUAAGAAGCGUGCCAGAAGAGAAGCUAUUGUAGGUCCUGCAAUAGAUAAAGAUGUGGCUCAUGAGUCCGUGGGUCUGAAACCUGCCACCUUGGUCCCAAAAGAAAUCCCAUUGAUUAAGAAGAAGAACCCUGUCUUGCAGAUAAAAAUUAUUCCAAAACCAAAAGUUUCAGCAGUUGAUGAACACAAAGAUGACAGCACGGCAAAUGAUAUAGAAGAGCCAGAUCAAGAGAAGUUGGAGAAGAAACAAUUUGCAACUCCAGAAGAACUGGAGAGGGGAAGGUUGCCUCCUGAAGAAAUACUCUCUCUUCCAAUGUUUAAGAACUAUACUCCUGGAAAUCCUGCACCAGUCUUGUACAUAAAGAAUUUGGCCAAAGAUGUUAUUGUGGAUGACUUUCACUUUAUAUUUGGUUCUUUGUUUGGAAGUGCGGAUGAUGCUAAAUCCACUCUGAAUGUAAAGCUAAUGCAGGAAGGAAGAAUGAGGGGCCAAGCUUUUGUGACCUUUCCAUCCAUCGAAUUGCACAACGUGCUUUGGUAUAAUGUAGUGAAUGGAUAUGUAUUCAAAGGCAAGCCGAUGAUUAUCCAGUUUGGCCGAAACCCUUCUGCAUCUAAAACUAAUUAGAUGGCUCGCUGUCAUGUGAAGCAAGUUUGUGUAGUGUUUGCCUUACAAAAUGGGACUCUCCAAUGUCUUCAUCUGACCUCAACUAUGAUGGUGACCAAAGACUUUGGCUGAUUACUUACGAGCUGGAUUUGUUGGGUGGGCAAGGAUCCAAUUAUGACCAUUAUGCCAUUGUUCAGUGCCUAGUCCCUUCAGCACGGGCAGAACUUGAAACUGCAAAUGAGCUCACCGAGCGGAUAGGUGGAAGGCUGUCCUGGUGAGGUAGGAAUAAAAAAGUUCAUCAGGGGUUUCGGGCAUGAGCAAACUUGCUCUCACCUGCAUUGGAUCCACCAUACCGUCCACCGCUGGACUUUCUGCUGCAUAUAAAGAACCGGCCUGCAGAUGAAUCGAUUGUCAAAUGAGAUAUGCAUAGCAGGACCUAUAUAACUGGUAAUCAGUAUGCCAGGUGAAAAAAUUGUAGUUCCUAAUGUUGUUCGGUAGGAAUGGGUAGGGGGAGCUGUAUGGCUUGUGACCUCAAUUUUGUAUGGACAUCACUUGUAGUAGUGCUUCACAAUUCCUUGAUUAGCCAAUUAGUAGUUGACGUUCUUGUUUCGGUUUUU